ACUUGACGAAGAGAACGCAGAUCUAGAGUUUUUGGAGGAGAACCUCCGAAGGACGAAUAUCUUGACUGAAAAAAUGGUCACUAUUUUAAGCCAUUUCUACGAAUCUGUUUUCGAGCAAACUGGUAUGCUAAAUGUUUUCGAUGCUCGUCUCGUAAGACUCGAAGAUUCAAUUCUGCCAAUUCACAAGUCAAGUCAGGCUUUGACGCAUUUGACGGAUAAUAUUGACAAGACGCGUUAUGCAUUAAGUGAAAUUAUUGAAUAUUUUGAUCUCGUCGAGAGAGAAGAGCAAGCGAUAAAGAGAGGGCCAAAGGAGAAUCUAGAGUCGUACCUCAACUCGGUCGGCAAGUGUAAAAGGGCAAUGGAAAUAUUAGUCGGUACACGUUUGAGAUCCGGCGAGAAAGCGAUGGGUCAGCUGAAACAAUUAUUAAAGGCAGCGAUGCUACAAUUAGAAGAACUGUUUCGCGAACGUCUCACAAAGUGGAGUGAUCCCAUAGAACCGCUUGCAUAUAUCCUAAAAAAUCGUGAGAUGCCAGUAAUACCUACGGUACCAUUGGAAAAUCUUGCCAGGCUUUCUUCGUAUCUUGCGGGCUCGGAUAUUGAGCUCGGAUAUUCGAGCGACUUUGUUAGAGUAUAUGUAGACGUGAGGUCUGCAUAUUUACAAAAGUCAUUGACAUCUUUGGCCCAAGGAUCAAUUAACACGGCUGAAAAGAGAAACACAACAGUAUACGAAAAGGGUACUUGCGGAUUCAUUUCAUAUGUCGAAGCCUUGCUUAGAAUGUUUGAGGCAGAAUAUAUGAUAUCGUCAAAUAUUCUUCCGUCUGCCUUUGUUGCAGCAGGCUUUCGCGGCGCGAUACAACCAGCCCUUGACUCGUUUGUAGAAGUUGGAAAAACGCUGACGAGUAGAGUCAAGAAAAAUAUGUCUACAGAUGUCUUUUUGGCUUUUGAUAUGUUGGAAACUUUGACUAGAAACCAACCUGCAUUCGAUGAGCUGUUUAGGCUCACCGGAAGCAAAGACGUUGGAUACGGAGAACUCACGCAUUCCAUACGUGGAAUCACAAUGCGAUCGUUUGCUGAUUUCAUAGACGAGAUUAAGAAUCCUCCUACGAAACUCUUGGGUGUGCCCAUUGAUGGGACGGUGCAUGAAAUUACAAUAACGACAUUACAACAUAUGAAACGCUUGGAAGACUAUCCAGAGACAGUGGAAGCGAUGCUUGUAACACUAGGAGACGGUAACUGGCAUGUCUCGGAUAAAGAGGCGAAUUUCAUGCGUGAUAGAUCAACAGCUGGGAGUACGAUUGUGCGUCGUUACUUUGGUAUGAUAGCGUUUGUAAUCCGUCCUAAUCGUCAAGAUUCCGACACGUUUGUUUACGCUCUGUUUAACCAUUCUUCUGCUUUCUACAUAGCCGACUGUCUCGAUGCACUUGCAACCGGUCUCGAAAAUAGAGCCAAGGCCUACAAGAAAUCUGCAUUGACUUACAUCUUCCUCCUCAAUAAUUACCAUUACGUUCUCAAGUCGAUACGUACUCAGUAUGUGCCCCUACUUGACAAAGAGGUUGAAACAAAGUUUGAAAGGGCAGUGAAGAAAAACAAUGAUUCCUAUCAAGACACGUGGAAAGUAUGUUUCGGCUUUCUUAUGGAUUACACAUAUGUACGAGGUGGAGCGCUGAAAUCCUCAAUUGGAUCAGAUAAGCAAUCUGCAAAAGAACGAUUCAAAAACUUUAACAACGAAUUUGAUGAAUUAUAUAAAUACCACAAGACAUUUACUGUUCCUGAUCCUGAGUUACGCCAUAAGGUUGUAAACGACAUUAGAGCUGUAUUACUUCCGAUGUAUAACAGAUUCCUGGAGAGGUAA